GGGUGGGGGACAAUGGGCCGGUUCCUGGUGCGUCACGGGGGAGUUCCUUAAAGGGGAAGUGAGCGGGGCUACGGGCGGGUGCGGGGUGCGGUGGUCCGCGGGGGAGGCCCCCCGCGCUUUAAAAUAAUGCCCGCGGCGCCCGCGCGACCAUGCAAUGGCGAGCGCUCGUCCUGGGGCUGGUGCUCCUCCGGCUUGGCCUCCAUGGAGUGCUGUGGCUCGUCUUCGGGCUGGGGCCCAGCAUGGGCUUCUACCAGCGUUUUCCGCUCAGCUUCGGCUUCCAGCGCCUGAGGGCCCCCGACGGCCCCGUCUCUCCUGCCUUAGGGCCCGCGGGCCCGUCGGGGCCGUCGUGGCUGCAGCCGCCGGUCCCCGGGGCGGCGGCGGGGCGGCGGCGGGCUCCGCGGCGGCCCGGGCCAGGCAUGUGCGGCCCGGCCCACUGGGGCUACGUGCUGGGUGGCCGGGGCCGCGGCCCGGACGAGUACGAGAAGCGCUACAGCGGUGCCUUCCCGCCCCAGCUGCGCGCCCAGAUGCGCGACCUGGCGCGGGGCAUGUUCGUCUUCGGCUACGACAACUACAUGGCGCACGCCUUUCCCCAGGACGAGCUCAACCCCAUCCACUGCCGCGGCCGAGGGCCGGACCGCGGGGACCCUUCAAAUCUGAACAUCAAUGAUGUCCUAGGGAAUUAUUCAUUGACUCUUGUUGAUGCAUUGGAUACGCUUGCAAUAAUGGGAAAUUCAUCCGAGUUCCAGAAAGCAGUCAAGUUGGUGAUCAACACAGUUUCAUUUGACAAAGAUUCCACCGUGCAAGUCUUCGAGGCCACAAUAAGGGUCCUAGGAAGCCUCCUUUCUGCCCACAGAAUAAUAACUGACUCCAAGCAGCCCUUUGGUGACAUGACAAUUAAGGAUUAUGAUAAUGAAUUGUUGCACAUGGCUCAUGACCUGGCUGUGCGGCUCCUCCCUGCUUUUGAAAACACCAAGACAGGAAUCCCCUAUCCUCGGGUGAACCUGAAGACUGGUGUUCCUCCCGACAGCAAUAAUGAGACCUGCACAGCAGGAGCUGGUUCCCUCCUGGUGGAAUUUGGGAUUCUGAGCCGACUCCUGGGGGAUUCUACAUUUGAGUGGGUGGCCAGACGUGCUGUGAAAGCCCUUUGGAACCUGCGGAGCAAUGAUACAGGAUUAUUAGGCAACGUGGUGAACAUUCAGACGGGCCACUGGGUCGGAAAGCAGAGCGGCUUGGGUGCUGGACUGGACUCCUUCUAUGAAUACCUCUUGAAGUCUUACAUUCUCUUUGGAGAAAAAGAAGACCUAGAAAUGUUUAAUGCUGCAUAUCGGAGUAUUCAGAACUACUUAAGAAGAGGUCGGGAAGCCUGUAACGAAGGAGAAGGAGACCCCCCGCUCUACGUCAAUGUGAACAUGUUCAGUGGGCAGCUGAUGAACACUUGGAUCGACUCGCUACAGGCUUUCUUCCCCGGCUUGCAGGUUCUGAUAGGAGAUGUGGAAGAUGCCAUCUGCCUCCAUGCCUUUUACUACGCCAUAUGGAAACGCUACGGGGCCCUCCCUGAGAGGUAUAACUGGCAGCUACAGGCCCCUGACGUGCUCUUCUACCCGCUGAGACCGGAGUUAGUGGAAUCUACGUAUCUACUGUACCAGGCAACCAAGAAUCCCUUCUACCUCCAUGUAGGAAUGGAUAUCCUGCAGAGUCUGGAAAAGUACACAAAAGUCAAGUGUGGGUAUGCUACGUUGCAUCACGUCAUAGAUAAAUCCAAAGAGGACCGGAUGGAGAGCUUCUUUCUCAGCGAGACCUGUAAAUACUUGUACUUGCUAUUUGAUGAGGAGAAUCCAGUCCACAAAUCUGGAACCAAAUACAUGUUUACAACUGAGGGACACAUUGUAUCUGUGGACAAACAUCUUCGGGAAUCACCCUGGAAGGAAUUCUUUUCUGAAGACGGAGGGCAGAACCAAGAGGGAAAGUCUGUGCACAGGCCUAAAUCUCCUGAGUUAAAAGUCAUCAAUUCCAGCUCCAAUUGCAAUCGUGUUCCUGAUGAGAGGAGAUACUCCCUGCCCUUAAAGAGCAUCUACAUGAGACAGAUUGACCAGAUGGUUGGCCUGAUUUGAGGUGCUCUCCUCCGUGUGGCCGCAUCGGAAACUGGACGUAAACAGCUGAACCCAGGCCAUGCCGAGAUACGUUCUGAAGUGGAAGUGGGUGGCAGUCUGGCCGUCCACGACGGUGUUGGCAUUUCUGGCUGGCUCCGCACACACGUCUAGCAGAAUCGUGCAUACGCUAUGUUUCUCUUCUGUUCAAUAAAACGCCCUGUUUUUCUUAAGGAUAUAAUUGGAAGUAAGAAGGUACACAGAAGUUGGCUUCCUAUGACAUGCUGAUUUCCUAAGCACAGUGUGGAUGGGGCAUCUUUGGAUGGAUCUUCCUAGCCUCACCCUUUGGAAUCCAACGAGUGUGUUCCCGUCUCCGGCACUUGUGACUGCAGUAUUGCUACCUCUCUGUUAGAGGACUGUGAAUGAAAUUUCCGUGCAAAGGGCCUGAGGUUCAUCCCUAUUUAUUGCAUUUUGUUAUCCUUUCUCUCUCUCACUAGAUAAUUGGGCUCUCCCUCCACCUAUGAUUUGGGAUCACAUGGGGGAAAACCCCCGAGUUAUUCAUUUGCAUCCCCAGUAAUCUUCACAGUGUUACGAGUUAAUUGCUUAUGAAUAACUUUGACCUGAAUUUCAAAAGGCAGUCUCUUAAGUUGUCACAAGGCUAGAUCUUUUGGACGGUGUAUUACAUUUAUUUUGAACUUACCUGAGGAGCUCCUGUAGUUCCAUAACCAGGUGCCUUUUAGGGGGAGAGAAAUACCUAAGAAUGUCUGAGCUUCCCUCUGUGUUGUAUAUACUAACCAAGGAUUCUCAGUUCUGACCGUGUUUGGGUUAGAAUUGUGUUUUGUUUUUGUUUUCUGUGUCUAGUGCCAAUUAGCUAAGUCAGGGAGGAAGAAAUGAUCAGAUGACUCUCUGCCCCCUUGAGCCGUUUCUCUGUGUAACACAGGCGUUAGAUUAGUGCCUUAUUCGAUUUUGGUGGGGGCUGCUGGUCGUCACAGCUGCUGGCACGCUUGUAACAGGCUUGUUUUGUAUUGCCACAUGGUGGGACCACAGUGAAAGGGGGAUGGGAUGAGUAUUACGAAGACUGGAAAAUUCUUGGCCGGUCCUUGACUUUCAGCCUGAUAUUUUUAAGCAAACCUACAUUAGGAGGAAGUUGUGCUCAAACGCCUUCUUUGUUGUUGUUUUCUUAGCCAGAACAGAAGUAUCUGUCUUUGAACUUACACUGAAUACUCAUACGAAGCAGAGGUGGAUUUGAACCCUCAGCCUGGCUUUGUGUAACAUCUGAGGUUGAAAUGAACCCCAGUAGAAAGGCUGGGAAGUCUCUUGAACACCUCCACCCUCACCUGUCAUGUUGUGCACCUGUCCCUGCUUGCACACUUCCAACGAUUUCCCGUUCAUCUUUUUAAAACUAGAAGUGUGGUCUAAGCCAUUGCAUAUCAAUCAAAGGGAAAGAUUUUAUUCCUUCUUGAAAAUUUAAGUGUUACUGUUUUUUUUGUUUUUUUUUUUUUUUUAAGACAGAAUUCAGUUCUUGGAGAUUUUUAAAAAAAGGAUUUUCAGUAAUAAAUGUGUCACCUCUACCUUUUAAAUAUUUACUAUGCAAAUUGUUUUAAAGUAAACACAAUCAAAUGCUUCUGUCUUAACUUUUUUCUUCUUUUCAGAGGCAUUCUCUUUAUCGACCUUGUCUUAUCUACUGAAUAGAAAAUUUUCUUUGAGAAUAUAUUUUAAUUGUUUUCUUUGACUCAGUCAAAUCAAAAUGCCGCGUUUACAGACACAUGUGCACACAGGCCCGAGCGUCCCUGUAGCUCUUCUCCAGGCACAUUGACGUGGGACUAUAAAUGGCCCAUUUGGGAGGAUGGGGCACAUCAGGGAGGAAAGUGGGUCCUCCAUGCAUCCGCCCUCUCUCGUGGCCUUGCUGGGUUCCCUCUCCAGCUUCUGUGACAACAUUGAUGUGUGGCAUUCUGACAUCACCCUCUCCUCCAGGCCCUUAACCUGUCACCUGCUCUGGUGUUGCAGCCCCCUCGUGCUCAGGAAUGGGGAUGUGUGCCUGAGUGCUGCUGAUGUACCCCAGGGGCUGGAGGCGGCCCGGGAGGUGUCUUGCACGGAGUCAAGACCCUCUUGCCUUUUGGGCACUGCCUUGUACCAGUUGGCGAGCCUGAGGGUGAGCGACAUACUGUGGACUCAUCCUGGUGGUUGAGCUCACAGACUGCCCGGUCCAGAGUGAUGCUGCCUAGUCCGUGCUCUGUGGGGCUACAUGCAGAUGAGCACCUAGUGCCAGCCACGAAACGAAGGUUCUUUGAGCCAACUUCAAAACUUGCUCGUGUUCUGGUUGGAGAUCAGAAUGUCCAUAGCUGUGUUACAUCUUGCAGGGCUUUUGCUGUGUCUUUUAUUCUGUGUCGCAGGAUAUGGGGUAGAGAAAGGCGGAGGGGGGAGUGCUUUGCCCCAGGACUGCCCUGAUUCUGAAUGGAUGCCAUCCUUUGGAACAGCUGUGGGCCUGCAUCAACCUCAAGUUCCCCUGUGUAGCCAGGGUCUAGAGUCUGCUCUGGUCGACGUGAGGAAGAUGGUCUUAACAGAACUGCUGUAGAAAGCUGCCUGGUAGUUAGGCUGGGUGGAGUCUGAAUCGCCUCCCACAAAGUUCUAAAUCGGUACAGGGCAGGCUCAGUGUGACAGGGAACUCUCAUUUCCUGAGGAGUAGGUGACGAAGGAAGUCUGGCUUACAGUUGCGCUGGCUUUUGUGAAGAACCAGCUUCCAUUUGCACAUCUGUCCUGCCGUUAGUUCCACCGGAACUUGGUCUGUGCGAUUGAAUCCCAGGUUCUCAGGCCGUCCCGGAUCGGGGCGGGGGCACACACACGUCACUGAAGUCGUUGUUGUUCAUGCACCAAGGUGGUGUCUGUGCAGGUGAAUUUUAGAGGAGGGUCUGUAUACAAUCUGAGGGCCUGAACCUGUUUCCCUCACCUUCUGUCCCCUCCCCGACCAAAGAAAGCCUCUUAGCUAUUUUCUUAGCUUAGUUUACUGAAUGAUUGCAGACAGUCAUCCUUUGCUUUGGAUCUUGUGGAAUUAGCAUCAGACAUCCUUUUCUUCUUUCUGGAGGGCUCCGGGGGUCUUUCCCUUUUGACACUUUCAAACUGAAUGGUGAAAAGGUAGGGUGCAUGAUUGCUCUAACCAGAGUGCCUGAGCAGGGACUUCUGAAGAAAAUCUUGGUCUUUCCUUUUCCGUUCCCAGACAUCCAGUUCCUUCUCUAGUGCCUGUUCCCUGCAGGGCAGGGACCCUUGUGAAAGAGAGAGGGUGGGCUGGCUGGGUUGUGUGUCCCCAGGUUUUGCAGGGCUCAGGGUUCUGUUCCUGCUUGAGUUUGGACGUGACUCCGGGAAAAUGUACCUGUGGAGCUUCCUGAUUCCUUACCCCCUUUCCUUCUUUCUGAGAGGCAGAGAAAUACUAUUUUUUAAAAGGUAUUUUGUUUUAGUUUUAAAUAGCAAAACACAAGCUGCAUUUUUAUUUAUUAUGCACAAGAAAGGUAAAUCUGUUUUUACAAAAAAAUCUGGAGUUGGAAACUCUGGGAAAACCAAUUAAAACAUACACAUGCUUCUCUCUCUGUAAUGUGCAAUAUGCUUUGCAACUAUAGAUGAUAUUUUAUGUUUAAUCUGUAAAUAAGAAAUGUAUUUAAAUUAAGAGGGAGCUUUUUGUAAAAGGACCAAAUGUUCUUUUAUAAAUGUACUAAGAAAUAUCUUGUUCUUAGAAAUUUAUUAGGAUUUUUAUGAAUAAUUUUUAUUAAAAGAUUCUUUUUUUUUUU